GUCUCCCCACACUCAUAUAAAAUUCUUUAGGUCUUUUCCGAUAAAAGGUUCCUAUAUAGUUCGCAAUAUCUUGAACUACUUUUUUUUUUUUAUAUAUCUUUAUAUAUUAAAAGUGCCUAUCUAACGGCAAUUCUUGGUUUAACGGACGAUUUUUUUUAACUCUGUUAGUUUUAACGGAGAGACUCACUCUUCCGUUAACUAUUGCAAUUCACCCAAAACCUACUUUGCGAUUUCAUCUCCAUUAUUUGCGAUUUCCAAAAAAAAAAAAAAAUCCAUUUUCGACGAGAUUCUUCUUUCUUCUACGCAUAGCAAAUUCUAUUUCUAACCCUAAAAUUGAUACUCCCGACUCUCUAUUUGCCGCACUCUAUUCAAAUUUCGUGUCUUAGGAAUAUAACAGGCUGAAAGAGAGGAGAGGAAAAGGGCUGCUCUUUUAAUAGAUCAUUUGGGAAAAUCAGAAACGUAAGAAGAUUGAGGCAAGUGAAUAAUAAAUAUGUAAGUAUUUAUCUAUAAUGGAUUAAUCUAAUAUUUAUCUUCUCUUAACCUAAAAUCGAGCUACUUUUUCUACCUCUGAAUCUUCUUUUUGCCCAUACCAUAUUUAUCAUUUUUUUUGUACUCUGUUUUUUCAUAUCUAAUUUUCCUUUGGUUCAACACAACUCUUUGAUUCCAGUCAAAUUAAAAAAAAAAAAUCUCCUCAAAUAAAUGCAUAAUAGCCCCACAAAUAGACUCCUAAAGUAUAAUAUGGCAUUUUUCUGACACAGUCACGCCAGAAUUUCUGAUGUUAUCGAGCUUUCCGAUCAAUUCUCUGAUGACAAAGCUGUCGUUUGAGAUGUUCGAUAACUAUAAGACUAUCUCGGAGGGUGUUGCGGCGGCCGCUAAGCUCGGCGGCGGUGGGAAUAAGAGAGUUGUGGUGUAUAUGAAAUUUGGUGUUUAUAACGAACGUGUGGAAAUUGGGUAAGAUGUGAAGAAUUUAAUGGUUAUUUUGGAUGGUAUGGCUGCUACUGUCCUUAUUGGGAAUCGAAAUCGGGUUGAUGGUGCCACUUUUGGGAAUAAUUACUGGCAAAAGAUUUUUUAUUUGAGACGUCUUUCCCCCGUUUCUAAAGCAUCAACAACUAAAUUAGAAGUUUUUGCCCAAUUAGGACAGAAUGCCAAGAAGAUGUACCGAAGACCCAUUUUAAGCUCGAGUGUUGUUUUAAUACCUACUUAUACAGGCAGGGAAAACUCUAAGCCAAAGAAGAUGGAAUGUUGCUUUCUGAAGAUGGUCAUCUCGAUAUAGCCGAAGCUCUUAGAAGGAUCCAAAGAGGGGGCGUUCGUCCUUCGAUUAAAGGAGUAGUAUGAGAAUUCUUGUUAGGUUGUUAUGAUCCAAAUAACACUUUUGAAGAGCGAAAUAUCCUUAGACAGUGUCGGAGAUAAAGUAUUUGUUUAACUUAAAUUUGAUCUUAAAAUAUGCUCCAAACAUUUGAAGGGGCUUCUUUGUUAUGAUCCAAGAUAGUGUUCAAGUGGGGGGUUUGUAUCUGAUACUAUGCUGCAAUAUUUUCGGGUGUAGAAAGAGAUCAGUAUGGUGUGAUGUGGUUUGAAAAACUCUGCCUUGAUGGGAUCUAAAGAUUACAUUUUUCCUGUCCUUAAUUAAAAAUUUUGCUUUCAUAUUCAUUUUCAUAUACCAAUGGGAGCAAACACCAGUAUUUUUUUGUCCUCUUUUAAACUCACAUCGUUCAUUUUAGGGAGCAGUAUGGCUCAUGGAAAGCUGAAUGCCAAAAAAAUGGUUCCAGUUAUUAGUAGUGGAAAGUAUAUCACCGCAACAUUCAACACUGAUGAUGGUCGACCAAUAGAAGAUGCAAGCAUCGAUAUUAUGAGGGAUAGUGAGGUUAUGUUUACGUCUUUUAUCAAUUCAAACAAAAAAGUGAUUUAAUGGAAUCUUUUAUUGCAUAAAAUAGGUGUGUAUGUGCUGCAUAACUAUGGUCAUUCUGAACUCAAGUCAACUUGAAUUACUACUUCAAUUGUCUCAACAGAAUUCUGUUUUCUAAAAUCAAUUAACAUGUGUAUUAUUGA